AAGGGCGGGCGCGGGGGGGCGGGGAGGCGUGCGUGUGAGCGAGGCCGGUGCGGCGGCGGCGCGGUGUGCGCGGCUGUGGCUGAGCUGACCGUUUCUUUGGAGAAGAAAAACCUUAACAUGGCAAGCAAAGGAAGUAAUACAGACUGCAUGUCAUGCAGUGUGCUGAACUGGGAGCAGGUCAGCCGCCUGCAUGAAGUUCUUACAGAGGUGGUUCCAAUCCAUGGGCGAGGUAACUUCCCAACGCUGAAGAUAACUCUGAAGGACAUAGUUCAGACUGUUCGGAGUAGGCUGAAUGAAGCAGGUAUUGCAGUACAUGAUGUCCGUCUGAAUGGCUCUGCAGCUGGCCAUGUCCUGGUCAAAGAUAAUGGUCUGGGCUGCAAAGACUUGGAUCUCAUUUUUCAAGUUUCUCUUCCAAGUGAGGCAGAGUUUCAGUUGGUUCGAGAUGUGGUGUUGCGUUCCCUCUUGAAUUUCUUACCAGAAGGAGUAAGCAAACUGAAAAUCAGUCCAGUAACGCUGAAGGAAGCCUACAUCCAGAAGCUAGUUAAAGUGUCUACGGAGUCUGAUCGUUGGAGUUUGAUAUCACUUUCCAACAAACAUGGCAGGAACGUGGAGCUGAAGUUUGUAGACUGCAUAAGACGCCAGUUUGAGUUCAGUGUAGACUCUUUCCAAAUCAUACUGGAUUCCCUGCUCUUUUACUAUGACUACUCAGAAAACCCCAUGUCAGAGCACUUCCAUCCAACUGUGAUUGGGGAGAGCAUGUAUGGAGAUUUUGAAGCAGCUUUUGAUCACCUCCAGAACAAGCUGAUAGCUACCAAAAAUCCUGAAGAGAUCCGAGGUGGUGGUCUUCUGAAAUACAGUAACCUCUUAGUGCGAGACUUCCGCCCCAUGGAUAAAGAUGAGAUCAAAACAUUAGAGCGCUACAUGUGCUCCCGAUUCUUCAUAGACUUCCCAGACAUCCUCGAUCAGCAGCGCAAACUAGAGACCUACCUCCAGAACCACUUCUCCAAAGAAGAGAGGAGCAAAUAUGACUACCUCAUGAUUCUGCGCAGGGUGGUGAAUGAGAGCACUGUGUGUCUCAUGGGACAUGAGCGAAGACAGACUCUCAACUUGAUUUCUCUGCUGGCUCUUAAAGUACUGGCAGAACAGAACAUCAUCCCUAACGCCACUACUGUUACCUGUUACUAUCAGCCAGCACCUUACGUUAGUGAUGUAAACUUCAGCAAUUACUAUCUUGCAAAUCCUCCUGUGCCAUAUAGCCAGUCCUACCCCACUUGGUUGCCUUGCAAUUGAUUGCUUCACUUGAGUGUUCUUCUGCGGAGGCUUCUAAAAGCUGAGUGUACAUAGACAAGUAAUGGACAUUUGUAGGUUUUUCUAAUAAGUAUGACUGUUGGACUAAUUACUUUCUGGUAUGCAGUAGGAAUAUGCAACCAGGUGACAUGUGAAGAACCUUUUCAGUUUAUCUCUACAAAUGCCGAGAAGCCUUAUCAUCUCUUCACUGGGAGAAGAGAACCAGCAGCCAAAUACUAGAGGAAUAGUUACAGAACUAGGUACUAGUCUUGAAAAUGGCUAUUAACUUGUCAUCUAAGUGGAGUAUUCAAUAAACUGUGUUAGUUACUAGAGCUAAGACUGGGAAAUAUCUUGUGCAGAGCAGAAGCUGAUUCAAAACCAAAACUUUCUGUUGACAAACCUCUUUACUUUGUACAUCCUCAGUUCAAAUUCUGGCCAGCUUUCUACUGAAUUGUUGCGUAAGAGUAGUCUUGUCAUGCUUGGGCUGCUUCUACUUUUUGGCUGUGUGGAACUGGUAACUGUAUGGAUACUGUCCCUCUAGUAGAGGGCCUAAUGGUUGUUUCCUCUAAUGCAUGGGCAUAUGUGGUUCUGCCUCAAGUUCAAGGUUUCUAUGAAGUUGGAGAUGGAUUAAUAAGCCUGUUUCUAAAAGCAUGAGUUGGCUAAAAUUUCUGGAGUAUGAAAAUUUGGAAGUUGGCUUCCCUAAGCAUGCAGCAAAAGGUGAUCUAAACAAUUACUAGUGCGAAAAGUCCUUGAAAUGAGGAAUUAAAGCCUUAAAUAGAAUUGGAACCACUACUUGAGUAGGAUGGGAAGAAUACUGUUAAGUAGAGGCUCAAGAAAAAGCCUUUUUGACUGCAUCUUUCCAAACAGUUAUUGGCACAGUUGGAAAACAGUGCAGCUCUUACACUGAAGUUCUACGUUUCUUCCUCAUGGGUCCCCAGCAAGCAAAAAAAAAAAAAAAGCACUAACUUGUAGGCUGAUGUGCACUCCUGUCAGUAUAAAUUUCUAAAGCGCCUCCUUAUUUUUCCUGUACAAAUUCAGGCAGGUCCUGCUGGCUUGCAUUUGCCUCUACUUAAGGGUAAAGCUUAUUGGUUUCUCAUUAUCAUUUGAUCACUGUAUAAUAUGAUGUUUUGGGAGGUUAAAUUCUUGGUUAAUUGUGGUCUUAAACUUCACUUGAUGAGGUGUAUAAACCCUAAGCAGAGCUCUCCACAGAGGCUGAAUAUGGUGAAAGUCUGCCCCCAGUUUCAGAAUAACCUCUGAAAGAGUAUCUACUCCCUUGGAGGUGUAGGGGGCUGAACUUCUUAAAGGGUACUGCUUUGACACUUCUGUGCUUUAAGGAUGAUUCUGUAUAAAGCAGUACUAGAAGCUGGCUGGUAGUACCUUGACUGGAAACUUUCACUGAAUUGCAAUAGCAAAAUGCAUACUGUAAAUGAUUUUGUUUCCUUUGCUUAAUCAGAGAAGUAGACUAAAGAGGCAAAAGUUAGAGCUAUUUAAUAUGUACCGGUGCAAUGGUUAAGGAUACUUAACUGCAACUCUUACGUCUUCUUGCUGUCUCCCUGAAUGUGUGAGACCAAAGUGCUGGAUCAAACAAAUGACUUAAGCGUAGAAAGAAAAGCAGAUGAAAUACAACUACAUGAUUGCUGUUAGAUGUGAAGAACAAUAGCAGAGCAGCAUUUACCUGGUAGUGGAAAAACUGCCUGUUCUUGGUAGGACCAAAGGCUUCUUGCUAUGUUGCAAGCUCUCCCGCUUUUUUUUUGUAACUAAUGCGUGAAGACCACAUUAUAGCAGCAAGGCUACUUUCCUGUUGUUGUUCAGGAUUCACUUAGCUUAGGAAGGCAGGGAGGGAUAGGAUUGUGAAAGCAGGCUGCAACCAGGCAUGCUUUAUGUUAAUAUCUUGUACAGUCUUGUAAGCAUCUUCAGUAGCAAAUCUUUUCUUUAUUAAGGACUCUUGAAUAGUCAAAGUACUUAAGGAUGAGUUUACUUUCAAAUUUUUCUAGGAAUUGUGGCUUGGACUUGAUGCAAUUUAUAGGCAAGGUACCUCUCACCUGGAACACUGGCAAUUUGGAAGGCUUUUCUUAAAACUGACGUGAUGUUGAUGUUAUUAUGUGUGUCAAACUUAAUGCAAGCUUACUGACAGAAUGAGAGUGCAUGCAGAGCAAUACUUGGUCUAUUACAGAGUAUCACUAGAAGGGAGGAAGUCCUUUUGUUUAAGAACUUCUAAUUGCUUUCAUCUCUUAAAUAGCUUCAGUUGACUUUUCUAAAAAGCUAUACUUGUUUCAGAAGUAAGCCAAAACCAUUGCCUAGAGGGACAAGUUCAAUUUGCAUAUCAGCUUAGACUCAAGUCUUGUGGGAUCUCAUGGCUGGUCUUUAGAAACUUUUUGUGUGUAUCAGCUCAUGCAGAAAAAGUAGUCAAUACUCAAAAGGAGUCCUUACAAGCUUGAAGCAAAUUAUCUUUUUCUUUACUGGUCUAGAAUACUUUAUAUAGAAUACUUUACUAGUGCUAGAAUAAAGCUCUCCUGUGUUCCUACUGGGACAGAGCUAUGGACACCUCUAGCUUCCUGCAAUAAAUAUUUGUGCUCUUGGUGAUGUAACUUGUUGCUGAGGCCUCUAAGGAAGCUUUGUUGAAUGCCUUCUCUCUGAACAGCUGACUCCCUUGGUUUAAGCUUUGCAGGACUACUGGGUCUUAAAUUGUUCUGGCAUAUUAAAUUACUGAUACUUUUCAGUCUGGAUGUUAAGUUCUUGUAGUUAAACUGUAGCCUGAAGUUGGUUAUUACCUACUGUAUUGGCACUAAAUUGAAGAAACAGUGUUAACUGGGACAGUGUUCUCUCUUUUUACCUUCAAAUAAUCCUAGUUUGGCAGUUUAGAUAGAGUGAAAUACUAAAUAGAUUUCUGUCAGGGUGCUGCCUGCAGCCUGCCCCUUUCUGGUUUCAAAUUGUUUUGGCAGCCUGAUGUCCCAGGUGGCAGCAGCUCUGUCUGGUGUGUGCUAGUUGGUUUGUGAUCAGGUUUACAAGGACCCUGCAGCUGGGAGUAAUAUGAGAAUGAGUGUUAAGGUAAUGACCCAAGGCCAAGAUCAGGCUGCCUGCUUGAUUCAGUCUCCCUGUAGUGCUAAAUUGUGCAAACCUCUUCUCUGCUUGCUUCUGUAUCAAGUAGAAGUUUGAGAGAGGCUACUAAACUUCAGGCUAUUACCGUAAUGUAUUCUUUCUAAGCAGGGCAUCAAAGCAGAACUGCGGAAAUACUGGACUGCAAGACUUGUAUCAGCACAUCCUAGGCUUCUAGGAAACUAGACUGUAGUUUAAAAUAGCAAUUUUCUUUCUGGAGCUUAAACUCUGCAGGGCUAAGCCAGUCUGAAGCUAUGCAACUGUUUGUGAAUAUUUGUCACCAAGUUCCCUUUAACUUACAGUUUAUUGAUAUUACUUCCUCAUCAUAAGAGAUUAAAUCUUUUUAUUUGAUAAAGAUGCUACUAAAGAAAUCUACUGGUAAAGUGUGUUUUAGUCACUCUCAUAAAAUCCGUAUGCUGACCACCAUAACUCUGAAAAGUGAUAAGGUAAAGCAUACCUUAUGCUCCUUCAGCUCAAGAUGUAAAUUGGUGUGCUUGUCUUCAGCUUGUUCACUUAGCCACUAAACUGGAGGUUGUGAAAAACAGUUCCUCAGAAGCAGUGUUUUGUUUUAACACGAGUAGUCUGUCAACAGAGCGGAAGGUUUAAACCAGGUCUCAAUUAGAACUUUAAGUAUUUGGACUAUAGAUAUCUGUAUCUUUGGACUGAGUUAUGGAGUUAAGCAUACGGUAUGUCUUGUGCCUAGAUGUCACGGGAUUCUGAUUGUUAAAGUAGCUGCUAAUGUGGGUGGUGAUCUCUGCUUAUCACUACAUGAAUAGUUUGGAGAUAGCUUCUUAUAAAAUGAUUUGGACAAAUUACUUCAGGUUUAAACUGUCAGUGUGCUGGUAGUACUUGUUUUCUAUCCCUCUCAUUGAACUAACUGAAUUGGGUGCCAUAAUUGUUAGACACAGGAAUAAGCAAUAAGCUGGUCAUUGUCAGUAACAAAUGCAUGAUUUGGGCACUGGGAGCCAAAUAGAUGGUAAUUCUUCUAGCCUUUGCAUCAAAGUCUUGCUCAAACCAUUACUGUCAAUUGUUUGGUAAAUAUGGUAAACUGUAUUUCGUAUGGGCUCUUUAAUUGCAGUGGAACUUUUUCUAAGGUGGGAUGCUGGGCUAUAGUUAUAGAAGUUUUGGGAGUGGUUGGAACGCUCCAGCUUUUCUUCUUCACUGGAAGAGAAGGCUGCUCACUGAAGUGUCCGCAUUGGGCUUGUCUCUCUUUCUGGUUGAAACUGCACUUUUUGUUGAAAUUUAAAGGCUUUUUUUCUGUGUUUAUUCUUUUUGAUUUUACUAUUAGAAGUCAGCUCUUGGAAAAUCUGUCUUGUACCUGUUUUGACAAAGUGAAUUUUUUUUUCUUUAAGCUGGCAGAACAAGAUACUAGAAAGAUUUCAAUUUGUGAUGAGCCCAAAUGUGAGAUUAGUCACAGUAACUACCUACUGUCCUGCACUGUGGUGUUCACUGUCACCCUUGGAAAUGAGGUUUUGGAGCUUAAUGAUUCUGAAAUACUUGUACAAAUAAACUUAUGCUAAACACUGUUUGCCUCAA